AUGGGUAUGCAAACGGACGAAAGCUCCUUCACAACCAGCACCCCCAACGAUCCAUAUCCAAAUGGCUUCAUCGACCUCGAGGCGGGGUGCGAUAGGCAUCCAGAGAGGCCGACACGGCUUGUUCCGUCUUGGCGUCAUAUCCGAGACAAAGUGUUGGCAUCAGAGCUCAAGGCAUGGUGCCAGCAUCCGGAGACCAUCAACUACGGACACUGCCGACGAAUGUCCCUGGUCCAGUUCAGCGCCUGGCUGGUUUUCUUUUUCGUGUACCAGCUAUGUCUGGGGCCCUUUGCCGACACAUUUGGCUUCCAAUGCUCGUCCACGGGCACUAUGAGUAAUGCUGUCCUCGAGACAAUGUCGACUUGGGUCAGCGUAGCUCUGGCGGCCGCAACAGCCUUUCUGCUUGGACAGGGUUACACCGCGGUACGGUUGGCGAUGGAGAAGAUGGAAAAUAUUCGAGAAUGCAUCAUUACGCUCGCAUACGCGUUAAUCAAAACUAUAGGCGUACCUGAUGGAGGCCACUCGCCAGACGAGUUACAACUCACGGUGUACGAAUGUCUGGCACUUCUGGUCGCAUACCCCGUCGCACUCAUCCACCAAGUGAAAGGAAACAGGUGCAAUCCUGCCGUCAGACAAUAUUGCCAGCAAGCUGCCUACCGAAUAAAACAGUUUCACAACGGCUCAAAGCCUGUCCCCGGGUCGCCAUGUACCAUCAGCGAAGACAAUGAUGGACCCUUGUACGGCGUCAUCAGAGUUGAACACUAUUUUGAGCUUUGGUCUCUGAACCUAGAAAAAGAGUUUACCGACCAAUACACCAGACAGGGACCCCCAUCCAUGUCGCCGCAACACAUUUUAUACACCUUGCGCAACCAUUUCGAAAACAUGAUCGACAACCGCUGCCUCGACCCUGUUCGGGCGAGUUUUGUCCGGGAGAAGAUCAAUAUGCUAGCCCUCGCUGGAGGUGAAAGUUCCGUGUACGGCGGACCUAGUGUGGCGCCUAUCUUUCUAUUUGGGGUUGUGGACGUUAUCGGAAGGGGCGUCGCCGUGGUCUUACCGAUACGACAGUGUCAGUGGAUCGUCUCACAGAGCGGCAUAAACCUGGGCUUGUCGUUCCGGAUUAUGGUGCUGGCCAUGGCGAGCGCCUUGAUUAUGAUGGUCUUGACCGAGAUGUGGUCUUUGCGGACUCCGUUUCAGAGUGGCAUAAAUACAUUUCCGUGGACUCUGGGCAUCGCCUCUGAAACUGACAACAUGCUCAACGAAUUCGACGAGAGUCGGACUGUGCUACCGGUCCGCGAGCACAAGUACCUGGACGUCGGUGACUGGUCCUCUUACUCGUCAUCCAGAUACCUCUCGUCGUCUAGCUACAACUCGUCGUCCGUGGCGUCGCCGUCCACAGCAACGCAGUAG